CGCCUCCUCGUUCCGUCGCAUCCUCGAGCGAGCUCUUGCCGCGGCUGCGCUGCCGCGGCUGCGGCUGUGACACCUGUUGCGGGAGCUGAGACGUCUUUGCAUGCAGCGGCUGUCGCUUGUUGCACGACCUGCAGCAGCCGACCGUCGGAGGCGCGCUGCGCCCUGCUCGUGCACAGGGAACAUCACGGCUCCGCUGCAGUGUCUCUCCGCUGGCGUCUCCGCACAGACCCUGCAUCUUCUUGCUUGGCCUCGUCAGCACUCGAGACAGCCACUCAAUGCUGUGUGCUCCGUUUCCGCAGCAGCAAGUAAGAGUGUAGCAGGCUGCUGCUGUGAACUGCAGAUGGCAGACGCACGUUGUGCACAGCCCUCACGAGGGCGCACAAGUCCUCCAGGCCUAUCGACCCGGGCGCGGCGUGAUGACAGCCGCUUGCUGAAUGCGGCCAAUGAGAAUAUCACACCAAGUCUUCUAGAGAAAACUGGUGACUGCUCGCUUUGUGGUGUGGUCUCGAGGUCGAGAGUCGACGUUUACGGAGAGCGCAAGAGGGCGGCAUUCUUUGGGACGCGCCUGCAGGCCCUCGCGCCCUCUCGUGUCUCGUCGCAGCUCGCCUCAGCGAGCAGACAAGCGACGCUCUGCAUCUGCUGCACUCUUACUGUCUCGCACACCACGAACCUCGACGGCACAACGACGAUCCGAUAGGCGGAGCGAGGUGCAGUCCGACGUUGGCGGGGCUCCGACGCGCGCGUGAGCCUCCGCCCCGGCGGCUGCAGCGUGCAUCCCGGCGGCCCGACGCUCAGCAUGCCGCAUCGCGAGCCCUUUCGAGCUGUCGAGGCGCAGGCUGCAGGGCUGCGGCUGACAGCUGUGCAGCUGCUCUCGAGCUGCAGCACCAACCCACGACCAUGAGCAGCUCGGAUCAGGAUGCCAGAGCGGGCUGACGCUGGCGCUGUCGCCAAAUUCAGGCACGCCUGCUCGCCCCGGCUUCCUUCUGCCCUGCGGCUGCCGGCUGCGCGAGAGUGCUCAUACGGCGCCCAGCGUCAGAGCGACGUGUCAGAGCGCCGCCUACGCUGUGCCUGGAAGUGUGGCUGUGUAUCGAUGUGAUACUCCCCGAAGAGGGGAGGCAGCGGCGACUUUGCGCCCCUGGAGAUGUC